UUUGCUAUGACCUGAGUUACCGUGACUUUUAACAAUAAUAUCGUUCAAUUAUCAUGUUAGUACAUGUCUUAUCUUCCCAGUGGUCUAUUUGUCAGGGAAAUGUCAAUCGCAAAUACACAAGGCCAAAGGGAAAAAAAAUAAAAGCAACUUGAACUUUUACGAUGCUGUAGAAAAAAGUCUUGAGUCGAAGACAUAAAAAAGUGAAUGAGGUAUAAAAAGUAAUACGUAAAUUGUGAAGAACAUAAGAGUGAAAAAAGCAUGGAGGCCAAUGAUUUAGUUGGAAACAAAGAGAAAUGCAUUCAAAAUGCAACACUGGUGACGAUAUGAUUUAAAAAGAAGAGAAAGACAUAAUAAUAACAGAAGGUAAAAAGAGACAAGAAAGAGAUGGACAGAGAAAUGAUGGAAAGAGAAGAUUGAAAUAUUGUUAAAAGUGGGGGCAAUAAUAAAUCGUUCACCUGAGCCACUACUCGAGCUCGCAACUUUCCUGCCAGGUCGAACACACUUUAGUGUCCGAGCCGAUCUCGUGCUGAUCACUUUGCACGCGUCUAUCAAUGAAUAGUUUACUAGUAAAAUCAAUUGGUCGGCCGUUUUACUCCAAAAUUUUUUUCUAAAUUCAUUCAAUGAUAAAAUUGUUUUAAAAAAAAAAAAAAAAAGUACUAAUUGAUACAAAGAUAGAUCAAUGAUAAUCAAUUAGAAAGGAUGUUUAGAAAACAAAUAGCUGUUAAUUGAAGAAUGAUUUGACAUAAAGUUUUUUUUUUUUUAAAUUGAAGAAUGUAUGUGUAAAGAAAAGGUGUUUAUAUAUACUGUUCAAGUUAACUUAUCAUCUACUAGUGAUUCAAAACGAAAGAAGAAAUUGAAGAAGAAGAAGAAGAAACGAAGAAAAGAAAAAUAAUUUUUGUAUCGCAAAGUUUAACUUUAAAAACAGCUCUCACGCGCUAUACUUAUAAAACUUACGCCUGUAUUCUUCCAUUCGUUCGUCACCGCACCAAGUAGUCGGCACACUUGAGAGUCGACUUUCUCCUCGUGUCGUUGUCGACUGGAGAAUUUUUAUCUGGGCAAUCGAUUUUGGAUGUAUACAACUCUUAUACGAUUAUCCAAAAUUACCGUAAGAAUUUUAUUACUUUGACCAAAUUGGAUUUGUGCAAUUUUCUCAGUUGAAUUAUCAUCAAAAUAAAAGCAACAUAGAUUAAGAGAAAGAAAAACGGAUGAGGUAACUGUACCUGUAACGUGUGAAUAGACAGAGAAGAUAACGUGCAAGAAAGAAACCAAGAAAACAUGAGGAUUAAUCGAGGAAUUUGUGGAAAACUUCAAGGAGGAUUUCUAAGGAGAUGGUGGGCAGCUGUAGCAGCUGGAGCAUUAUUGAUAAUCUUCGCUGGAGUACUGGCAGCAUUGUUCCCAAACAUUAUGGAGUUGAUAAUAAAUCGAGAAGUGUCUAUUAGAGAGGGUAGCCGAUCAUAUGGAUGGUGGAAAGCACCUCCAAUAGUUCCUCGAAUGAAUAUUUACAUUUAUAACGUAACUAAUGCUGAUGAGUUCUUAAAUAACGGUGACAAACCCAUUGUUGAUGAACUUGGUCCCUAUGUAUACCUUCAAAAGUGGGAUAAAACUAAUAUUACAUUCAAUGAUAACGGAACAGUCAGUUACAAUGUGAGGAAACGUUUCGUAUUUUCUGAGGAAUUAUCUUCGGGUUUAUCUGAAGAUGAUUUGGUAAUUGUCCCAAAUGUGCCAAUGCUAUCAGCAACCAGUCAAUCUCGUCACGCAGCAAGGUUUCUCCGGCUAGCUAUGGCAUCGAUCAUGGACAUUUUAAAAAUUAAACCAUUUGUCGAGGUCUCAAUCGGUCAACUUCUUUGGGGAUACGAUGAUCCAUUACUCAAGCUUGCCAAGGACGUCGUACCAAAAGAGCAGAAACUUCCUUACGACCAGUUUGGAUUAUUAUAUGGAAAAAAUGGAACACAUCCUGAUAUGUAUACCGUCUUUACUGGUACAUCAGAUAUCACAAAGUAUGGAAUGAUGGAUAGGUGGAAUGGAAAAGAUAGUUUUCAACAUUGGACCACAGAUCAAUGUGAUAAUAUAUUGGGUGGUGACGGCAGUAUUUUCCCCCCGCAUAUCUCCAAGCAAACUGUACUCAAGGUCUUUGACAAGGACUUGUGUAGAACCCUUCCGCUUGUCUUCAAGGAAGAAGUAGCUACUGCUGGAGAUGUUCCCGGAUAUAGAUUUGUUCCACCUAAAGAUGUAUUUGCAUCAGCUGAUCGUAUCUCUGCUCAAGAAUGUUAUUGCCCCUCUGGUCCGCCUUGUGCACCAGAAGGAACAUUUAAUGUCUCUAAAUGUCAAUACGAUUCUCCUGUUUUGCUAAGUUUCCCUCACUUUUAUUUAGCUGAUCCUGCUCUACGGGAAGCCGUAGUAGGAAUAUCACCUCCAGACGCAGAAAAACAUCAAUUCUUCAUUGAUGUCCAACCAUUAAUGGGAACUACAUUGAGAGCACGUGCUCGAGUUCAAAUCAAUCUCGCUGUUAGUCAAGUGAGAGAUAUCAAACAAGUUGCCUCAUUUCCCGAUAUCAUUUUUCCCAUCAUGUGGUUUGAAGAUGGUGUUGAUGGAUUACCAGAAGAAGUAACAUCUCUCUUAAAAAUGGCUGUUGAUGUUCCACCAAUAGCAAGAGCAGGUCUCGCAGGUGCUAUGGCUGCAGCAGGAAUAAUUGUUCUCGUUGGUGCACUUUUCUGUCUCGCUAGAGCGGCUAAACGUCAGGAAAAAUUGCAUUUAAGCAAUCCUCUACCUCCAGGUAUGACAAAGCAAGGAAAUAUUAAUCCAGGUUUUCAAGGACCAACAAAAUAAAUUAGAUAAUAAAAAUAGAAAGUGAUAUAUGUAUAAGAAAUGAAAACAAAAACAGAGUAAAGAAAGUAAAAAGAAAAAAUCCUCCGUUGAUAUAAGGAUUUUUCUUUUUUUAUUGUUUUUAAAUAUCGGACAGUAAUCCAGAGUAAAAAUUCGACUUGAAUUAAAUUCAAAGGUGAAUAAAUUUUAUGUGUACUCGUCAUGACAACAAUGUAAUAAUUUCAACAACAAUUGUAUAAUUAUAACGAAGAAAAUAAUUGUCAAGCAGGCGGGAAAUGGUGAAAGUAAGAGAAAAGAGGUAUUUAAGUUUGUAUUUAGGGUGAAUUAUUAGAAAUGAUCUAGAUUUUAAAUAUUUACAAACUUUUUAUGAAAACUGUAAAAUAUAUUACAAACAUAAUUAUGAUUAAUGGAAUCAAUCUAUGAAUGAUUAUUCAAAAAGACAUAUUCUUUAAAAAAUAUUUACCGUCAUCAAUUGUCUAUAUAUUUUAUGACAGUAAAUAUUUAGCUCUCUUCUUUUCGUACAAAAAUUUUUUACUUUGUUUUUUAAAAUUUAAAACCCUUCAAUGCACGUAAUCUUUUUAUGCUCAACGAAAGUCUUUCGUAGUAGGUCGAGGUCGAGAGAUAAUAAAAUUAUGAUAUAAAUGUAUUAAUUUUAACGAUCUAAUGUUUUCAUUUAAUACGUCAUUAUAUUGACGCAUUUGUUGUGGUGAAUGUUGAGAAAUUUGAUCAUGUUCAGACAGAAAAAUAUAUUUUUAAAUCCAUUGAUAUGGUAGAAGUCCAACAAUAAUUUAAUUAAAAAUUCUAAUGCUAAUCGUACAAAGCAUAUCAAUCAACUGCGAAACAAAUCACAAACAUGAAUGAUAACAUGCAAAAAUUGGAAAAAAAAAAACAUAAACAGAUGCACUGAAGUGUAA